UUCCUCACACCUACACUACCAACGUGCCAUAGGGGUUCGAAACUGAGAUCACUAGCGUGCAAGUCAAAGCCUUUUCCACUGGGCUAGAUCCCGUUGUUAUACAUAUGUAAUAGUUUUGGUUAUACUGCAUUGGGGUUAGGAGGAAGUUCUGAGAAAAUGGCUGGUAAGAUUGGAACUCUUGGAGUUGGUUUUCUGGUUUUAUUAGCAUUAUCAUCUGCAGCAGUUUCAGCACAUGAAGAAAUGUUGGGCUCACAACCUUCAAGCCAGAAUAUUACUGGGAAAGAGGUUCAAUCUCACUUGGGUUAUAAGCAUGUGUGGCCUGAUAUCAGAUUUGGCUGGAAAAUCGCGGUGGGUACGAUGAUUGCAUUUGUUGGGGCAGCAUUUGGGAGUGUGGGAGGUGUUGGUGGGGGUGGCUUUUUCAUCCCAAUGCUCACCCUCAUUAUUGGAUUUGACCAGAAAUCAUCAAUUGCAGUCUCCAAAUGUAUGAUCACGGGCACAGCAACUGCAACGGUCAUGUAUAAUUUAAGGCGAAGGCAUCCUACUCCUACACUUGACCUGCCCAUCAUUGACUAUGAUCUCGCGCUUCUUUUCCAACCUGUGUUGGUUCUUGGGAUCAGCAUUGGCGUUUCUUUGAAUGUGGUUCUUUCUGACUGGAUGAUCACCAUCCUACUAUUUAUUGUGCUCUUAGGGGUAUCAACUAAGUCGUUCUUCAAGGGUGUUGAGACAUGGAAAAGAGAAACUAUAACUAAAAAGAACAUGUUUGAUGCUUCAAAACAGUUGCAAUCAAAUGAUGUUGAAGACAAAUAUAUUCCGGGAGGCCCAAGCAAUGGCACUCUAACAGAAACCAAGGAACCUGAACGAACAGCGGUUCCUGUUCUUGAUAAUGUUCGCUGGAAGGAACUUGGAGUAAUUGUUGCUGUGUGGAUCAUAAUACUGGCAUUGCAGAUUGUUAAGAAUUAUGUGGCAAAAUGUUCACUGACAUAUUGGUUGGUAGAACUCUCGCAGGUACCUCCAUGCUCCUUCUAUCAAGAAGACAAACUUCCUUGUGGCUGCAAAUAUGGCUUAAGUAAGAAUCCCAUUAUAAUGAGAACUUUUUUCUUUUUCUUCCUUUCUUCCUGUAUCUAUCAGAUUCCGGUGGCUGUUGGUGUAACUUCAUGUCAGGCAGUUAAAUUGUACAAAGGCCGGAGAGUAAUUGCAUCCAAGGGAGAAGAAACCCCAAAGUGGCCACUGUACAAGCUUGUUUCUUAUUGUGCCUGUGGCACGGCAGCUGGUAUGCUUGGUGGAUUGCUUGGCCUCGGUGGAGCGUUUAUGUUGGGUCCAAUGUUUUUGGAGAUGGGAAUUCCUCCUCAGGUGUCAAGUGCCACGGCCACCUUUGCCAUGACAUUCUCUUCAUCCAUGUCUGUUGUAGAAUACUACCUCCUAAACCGCUUUCCAGUUCCUUAUGCUCUCUACUUUGCUGCUGUGACUACUGUUUCUGCAAUCGCAGGGCAACAUGUGGCAGGAAAGGUGAUUAAGAAAUUAGGAAGAGCAUCUUUGAUUAUCUUCAUUCUAGCUUUCACAAUAUUUGUGAGUUCACUGAUGUUAGGUGGGAUUGGCAUAAAAAACAUGAUUAAAAAUAUUGAGCAUAAAGAUUCCUUGGGAUUUCAGAACAUCUGCACUUGAGGAACCUAGUCUUCUUAAGGGCCUUAACUAGGUUUUCCAGAGACUUCGCAAUGUCGUUAUCAUUUUAUAUCCAGUCUUUGAGCCAAAGAAUUUGUAAAGCAGCUUUAAAUUUUGGGGUAGAAAUAUUUAUCACGAAGAGAAUUAGUGAGAUCAUUGGAACA